AGGCUGGCAAUGUUUAAACUACAAUUGAUUAGCAAAACAAAACGUAUGCUUGCGAAAUUGGAACCUCAUUUUUUUCCUAUCAAUUUUAAAUUAAAUUUAUGAUUUAUGUUAGAAAAAUUUAAAGAAGAUGGUUACAAGGGACACCACAAUGUCAGAGAAAACUGAUGAAAAACAAGCUAUGAACACACAACAAAACCAAAAACAAGAAGCCGCAAGUGAAACUGAAGAAGAUAAAGAAAUUAUAACGGGAGGAGUUUAUUUGAUUCGCCGUGCAGAUGGAAAUUUGCAUCCUGCUCAAAUAAUACAGUCAAGAACAAAUGAAAAUAUAUCCGAAUUUUAUGUUCAUUAUAUGGGCUUAAAUCGGCGAUUAGAUGAAUGGGUAGCUAGAGAUAGAAUAACAUGUGCUACAGAAGCUGAAAAUGGUGAUUCAGAAAACAGCUCGAAUAACAGUGCUAAACCUCUAAGACAACUAAGCAAAGAACAAAUUGCAUCAUUAGAAAAUCCAUUGCCAGUGGAAACAGAUAGAAAAUUAACCAGAAAUCAAAAGAGACGACAUGAUGAAAUUAACCAUGUACAGAAAACGUAUGCUGAAAUGGAUCCAACUACAGCUGCUCUGGAAAAAGAACAUGAAGCAAUUACAAAAGUUAAAUAUAUAGAUAAAUUAAGAAUUGGAAAAUUUGAAAUAGAUACGUGGUAUUUUUCUCCGUAUCCAGAUGAGUAUGGGAAAGUAGGAACUUUAUAUGUGUGUGAAUAUUGUUUGAAAUAUAUGAAAUUUGCGAAAACAUAUAGAUAUCAUGCGACAGAAUGUACUCAAAGAACACCACCAGGUAACGAAAUUUAUAGGAAAGGAACUAUCUCAAUUUUUGAAAUUGACGGAAAAGAUCAUGUUAUUUACUGUCAAACGCUAUGUUUGAUGGCAAAAUUAUUUUUAGACCAUAAAACGUUGUAUUAUGAUGUUGAACCUUUUUAUUUUUAUGUUCUUUGCGAAAUUGAUAAAAAAGGUGCACAUAUAGUUGGUUAUUUUUCUAAAGAGAAAGAGUCACCAGAAAGUAAUAACGUUGCAUGCAUUUUAAUAUUGCCACCAUACCAAAGAAAAGGUUAUGGAAAAUUAUUGAUUGCUUUUAGUUAUGAGUUAUCACGAAGAGAGGGUGUAGUUGGAAGUCCAGAGAAGCCUUUAUCGGAUUUAGGAAGACUGAGCUAUAGAAGUUAUUGGGCAUAUACUUUAUUAGAAUUAAUGAAAGAAUGUAGAACUACGACACAAUCUGUGAAAGAAUUAAGUGAAUUGAGUGGUAUAACACAAGAUGAUAUUAUAUAUACAUUACAGAGUAUGAAAAUGGUGAAAUAUUGGAAAGGACAACAUGUUAUAUGUGUAACACCAAAAACAGUAAUUGAGCAUUUACAAUUGCCGCAAUUUAAAAAACCUAAAUUAACUGUUGAUCCGGCUUAUUUAAGGUGGACGCCGCCAAAGAAAAAUUCCAAUAAUUCUAAGUUCAAAGCAAAUGUUUACAAAGGUGUUGGCCAUUGAACUAAUAUAUGAAAGAAAUUUAAAAAAGUGAACACAAACAUAUUAAGUAUUACAUGAAUGUUAUAUUCAAAAUAAAAACAAAGCUUUGAUAAAGAAAUUUUUUGUUUAAAAA